GGUCUACACAUAUAUUUGUGUGAGGACACUUACCUUUACAGCUCACCCAAAUCAGACAAAAAAAAAAAAAAAAAAAUUCUAAUAAAUUGUCCAUCUCCUUCAGCGACUGUCUGGGACUUCCACAUCCUCCUGGUGAGGGAGAGUUUGAACUCUGACCUCCCUGAGCUGCACUCCACUCCCUGGAGCUCUGUCAGGCCUCUGGACCCCGCCACGCGGCAGGUGCAGGACUUUCUCCAACCACGAAUGGUUCGAGUAGGAAGGAGCAGUCUGGAGCUGGACCUCGACACCCUGCUGUCUCAGAAAUACAGCGGUGACGUGGAGCUAAGAGUAAAGAUCACCGCCUUCCACUUUAAGGAUUCUCCACCUUCCCAGAAUGCACCUCAGCCAGUCCUGGACGGCGCCACACCGCUGGAUGAUAUCCUGGCAGCACUGAACGGUGACAUCACCUACACUGGCUGCGGUCGCUGCUCUGCUGAGCUCGAUACAGACGCCAACGGCAUCUACAGCCCCUGUUACCCCUGCCUGCCCCACACCGCCGUACGCCGCUACUACAGGCCAGGUGUGCUGAGAGUGAGUGGGCGGGCCAACAGGCAGGUGUGUGUUCAGGUUCCUCCUGUUCCGCUGCAGAAGAUCCUCGAAGCUCCGCCUGAUAAACUCCACAAGAGCUCAGCUCCAGGCUCAGAGGUGAAGCACAUCCAGGUGGCAGCAGAGAGGAUCCAGACCCUCCUCUCCCUCCCAAGAAAAACCUUCAUCAUCACUGUCCAGAGCAACUUCCUGUGUGACGAAAACAGUGUCCCCAUCAGUCAGGACUUCACAUUGCUGGACCUUCAGUUCCCCAGCUGAUGGACUGUGUAUGACAAACACCCAGACCAGAUCCCAGCUGCCUCAGUGUGGACUGGUUAGAUCUGAUACAGGAUGUUGGGAUUGAGCUCAUCAGUGGGGUCGGGAUCAGGACCUGGUCCAGGUUUUUUAUGUAUCAGGUUCAUAAAGGCUGAUUCAGUUUAGAUUUUUUUUAUUGUUAACCCCUCCCUCAAACACCAGUUGCCCAAUCCCAGUCAAGCUUUGCAUUGUGUCCAUACACGUUGUGGAGCAAGAGUGCUUUUCAAGAGUUUGGAGGGUGGUGAACUUUUCUUUUUCAGUCUUCCCUAAACCACAAGAGGAAAAUGUAAGAAAUGAAUUAAACACUGUGUUUAUCUGCUCUAUUGUGAGCUGCUGAUUUUAGCAUGACCAGCCAACCUAUAAGGACAAGGAGGCGGUCAUUAGCUAACAACAUCAGUUUGUGGGGUCAUGAAUCAAUUCAUGGAGCUGAAGUUCGUGUGAUCAGCUAGUGAGCUCGGUUAAAGGUAAAGGUCACUCAAAAACAAUAAAAUGUGAUGCAGUACUCACCUCA